GGCGGGAACGGUCUCGUCUUAUCACAGAAACACGGUGAAACGGAACUUCCGGAACUUAAGAGUACGGAACCUGUUUGCUGUUAUAUUAUAGUUCAGUUACGUCUUGUUGUCUCGUGCUCUUGUCUAUGUGCUGAACUGCUGAAGGCAGAACUACAACCAAGUACAGAGAACCACAACAACUAGAACUAACUACAACGUUCAAUGAUUACGAAAGCGACGACGAGUGACUGAAGAAAAUUGUUUUUAAUUAUUAUUUGAUGUACCUUAUUGUUCUUAUUGAGAACUAUGGACGAUGCCAUACAGCACUUGGAACAAGUCGUGACUAAUAUCGAAAAAAGAAUAGACACUUUGAGUUGGAAAAUAAAAAAAUUUGAACGGGUUCUGUUCUCAGAAAAUGAAACGUCCCACUCAUGUAAAAUGAUAUCCAUGAUGGCCAAUUUAGAAGAAACAUGCCGUAAGUAUAAUGAAAUAAUAUUGUUGGUGACCAAACAUAAAAAUGAACAAAAUGCAUUCACUGAUACAUUACAACUUCAAGUAAAUUUAGUAAAAAGCAAAGUCGAAACUUUACGAGCAAUUAUGACAAAAGGAAGAACAAUUGAGCUUUAACUUAAUAAUCUAGUAUUAUUAUUAAUAUAUAAAUAAAUAGAUGUAAGCAAAGAUAUUAUUUUCAUAUUAUAUAUAUUUAUUUUUUAAGAUAUUUUGAAUAAAUGAACAAUAGUAUAAUA